AGUAUGGCUUAAACUUAAGACGGUCUUGAAUAUAAGAACUGACUAUGAAUACAGGCCUAUGUCUAGUCUAGCUAGGUUUUUACAAAUCUAUGGUGAUACACGUGGCUUUUUUUUCGGUAUAUAUAAUAUAUAAAAACGCUGAUACGCUGAUAUAAUGAUGACAUUGGAGAUUGGACACGAAGCGAGUCGCGCAGAUAAACACAACCUCAAUCAUGAGUACUAUUACUUGCAUUGCACCAGUUAAUAUUGCAGUUAUUAAAUACUGGGGAAAGAGGGAUGAAUCCUUAAAUUUACCAACCAAUGAUUCCAUAAGUGUAACUUUAGAUACAGCUCAGCUACAUGCAAAAACUACUGUUAUGCUCAAAUCUCAUUUCAAAGAAGAUCGUAUCUGGUUGAAUGGAAAAGAAGAAGAUAUACAAAAUACAAGACUUCAAAAUUGUUUAACAAUGAUUAGAAAACAUUCGCAAUUAUCUGGGUAUACAGAAAAUUGGAAGGUUCAUAUAUGUUCGAAGAAUAAUUUCCCAACUGCUGCUGGUUUAGCUUCUAGUGCUGCAGGGUAUGCAUGUCUUACGGCAGCAUUAGCCAAGCUUUACAAAAUAGAUGGAGACAUUAGUAGGAUAGCACGUUCUGGUUCUGGAUCAGCAUGUCGCAGUGUUAUGGGUGGUUUUGUAAGAUGGUAUAUGGGUUCGAACAAGUGUGGGAUAGACAGUUUAGCAAAGCAAAUCGUGCCUGCAUCUCAUUGGCCUGAAAUGAGGAUUUUAGUGCUAGUGGUUAGCGAUGAACAAAAAAAGGUUCCAAGUACAGUAGGUAUGAAACGAAGCAUGGAAACAUCUCAACUCUUGCAACAUAGAAUAAUGCACAUAGUCCCAGAACGAGCGAAUAAAAUGCAACAAGCAAUAGUUGAGAAGGAUUUCAAAACUUUUGCCGAACUCACUAUGAAGGAUUCUAAUCAGUUCCAUGCCGUGUGUUUGGAUACAUAUCCUCCAUGUAUUUAUAUGAACAAUAUUUCUAACAAUAUCAUGAAUCUUGUACAUUCCUAUAAUAAUGCAGUUAACGACGUGAAGGUUGCUUAUACUUAUGACGCUGGGCCGAAUGCUACAUUAUAUUUAUUAGAGAAAGAUGUACCAGUGGUAAUAGGUGUUUUAGAUCAUGUUUUUCCUCCUCCUUCUGACAACGCUAUCGAAUAUAGAAGAGGAUUGCCUGUAGAAGGAAUUAAACCUUCUCAAGGUCUCUUGGAGAAAUUAAAGUUUCAAAAGUAUCCACCAGGACAACUUAAAUAUAUGAUAUACACUAAAGUGGGAGAUGGACCUAUAUAUCUCGAUAAUUUACAGGAUCAUUUGUUAGAUAAUUACGGUAACCCUGUUAAUUGUUCUUGA